CACAAACUUGUUUGUCUUUCUCACCAGAGUUUUGGCAGGGAAAGACAUCCACCUCUCUUCCACCCUGGUGCCCCCUCUCUCUCUAUCUCUUUAAGGUUCAGAGCUCAAAUGGAGAUGAACAAUGGUGCAUUCAACAAGGUGGACUGGGAACAUGUGAGCGAGGAUGAGAUGCCACUUCAGCUGGAUUUGGAGACGGCGCUGGAGGAAUGUAACGUUGCCCUCCAUCUGUUUCUGAACAACAGGUUCGCAGACGCUUUGGCUGCAUUAGAACCCCGGAGGAGCCACAGCAUGUAUCAUGCUAUGGGCUACAGCAGCAUCUUAUUGAUGCAGGCCGCUAUGACCUUUGACCCCAAGGACAUGGACGUUGCCAUGACGUCCCUGAAGGAAGCUCUGCACACCUGCCAGAGAUUUCGGAGGAAAACGGGAAUAAUGGAGAGCUUGGCCAACUUUUGGCACGGACAAACUGUUGACACUUUGACAGAAGAGGAGAUGCACGCUGAGCUCUGCUACGCCGAAGUCCUGAUGCAGAAGGCAGCGCUAACGUUCCUGGAUGAAAGCAUCAUCGGCUUCAUCAAAGGAGGGAUGGGAAUGAGGAACAGUUAUCUCAUUUACAAGAAUUGUCAGGCCAUGGAAAAUGCUAUAGAAGAUGCAGAAAAAGAGAAGAACACACACAUUCAUUUUCGAGGUGGUGUCAACAUGGGAAUUGGAUCAUUCAACCUGAUACUGUCCAUGCUGCCAUCCAGAGUCCUCCGUCUCAUGGAGUUUCUGGGCUUCUCUGGAGACAGGGAGCUGGGUUUGUCGCAGCUGAGAGAGGGGGCAGCGAGCAACAGCCUCCGUUCCAUCCUCAGCACCUUGACGCUGCUCAUGUUUCACCUCUACAUGAGUGUGAUACUUGGUACUGGUGAAGGAAACCUUCCCGAGGCUGAAGCUCUGCUAAAACCGUAUGCUGAUAAGUUCCCGAAUGGAGCCCUGAUGCUCUUCUACACUGCCAGAAUAGCUGUACUUAAAGGGAACUUCACAUUUGCUCAGGAGAAGUUCCUGGCGUGUAUAGCGACCCAGGAAGAGUGGCGUCAGAUUCACCACCUGUGUUACUGGGAGCUGAUGUGGGCGUACUCCUUUGAGCAAAACUGGAUCGAGGCGUAUCGAUACGCCGACCUGCUCUGCAAGGAGAACAAGUGGUCCCAGGCCACAUAUGUAUAUCAGAAAGCUGCCAUCUUGAGCAUGCUUCCAGAGGAAGACGUAACCAAGCUGGGAGAAAAUGUAGUGGCACUGUUCAGGCAGGUGGAUGGCCUCAGAUUAAGAAUAGCAGGAAAAUCAAUUCCAACCGAGAAGUUUGCUGCAAAGAAGGCCCAGAGAUACUCCUUCCCCAAGCCCCUGAAGCUCGUGGUCCCUGCUUUGGAAAUGAUGUAUGUUUGGAACGGCUUCGCAGUAGUCGGCAAAAGGCCCGAGCUGACUGAGAGCAUCUUAUCGACUCUGGAGAAAGCAGAGGAGCAGCUCAGGAAUGAAUCAGCUCCAUCAGAGUACCACAUGGAUGACCUGUGCGUGGUGCAGAUGUUGAAGGGCCUGUGUUUAACGCAGCUGGGACGCCUGGUUCAGGCUGAGAUCUGUUUCAAUUUUGUCAUUUCCAGUGAGAAGGACAUAAAGCAUGAGACCUACCUGGUGCCAUUUACCAUGUACGAGCUGGGUUUACUGCACAAGCUGAGAGGUGACAUCAAUGCGGCCAUCAUGGUCAUCGAAAAUGCAAAGACGAAUUACAGAGACUACAGCAUGGAGUCCAGACUGCACUUCCGCAUCCAUGCAGCUCUCAACACCAUGGGCUCGUUUGAAGCCAAGCUUCCUCCGUCACGUACGCCGGCUUGAAAGACUGAAAGCUGGGCGGAGGUGGUACUUAAAACUGUAUUCAAAUCUUCUCCAUGUCUCUGAAGCCAUUGGCUUUCAUUUUUGUUGUCGGACAAGACUUGGAGUUGCAACUCUGUGUAAUUUAUAAAUAUUUGAGUGUAAAAAUGUACUGAAUAAUGCCGAUGUAUUAAAUAUUACACUAACCAUAAACAUAGGAAAGAAUGUACUUAAAAAUAAAUAAGGCAACAGUUUACAGCCAUCGCCUGUAUUUAAUUCCGCGAGUUAAGAGGAAAUGAUCACUGCUUUGAUAAACACAAAUAUAUUUAUGUGAGGGGAAGUGCAGUGAAGGUUUCUUUUAGCUUUCUGAGACUUGACUCUGAACAAAUGUGGGGCUUUUCCUGAGAUGCUGAAGCCAUUUCUUUUAGGUGAGUUUCAGCUGAGGUUGCUGGUUAAUUGCACUCAUGCCUGUUUAAACAGAUGAACAGAGCAAAGGUGGACAGACAUGGAGCAUGGAUCGUCCACAUGGCCUGGUCUAGCGCUUCAUCCUCAGUAGACUCUUGUGUUGCUGUUUCCUUCUUUGCAUUCGAUAUAAAGCGCCUGUUGGUCUGAUGAAAGUCAGAUUUAUUACAAUUGUUAUUAAACAAUGAUUUUAAAUGA